AGGAUUUUUAUAUUUUGGGGUUGCCUUUUAGUUAUUAGAAAUGAUGGAAAAUGAACAAAAUAAAUAUGUACCCACAGAGCCUCCUAUGGUACCUAUAUUUCUCUAUAUUUUAGGCAGUGAAAACGGCUGAGACAUUACAUUACAAUUCCUUCUCAUCCCAUAACUCUGAAAGCAAAGCAAGGCAAGGCAAUCAUCUUCUUUUUCCUCUGUUUCUUCUCUUCCUCAGGCGUGGACUUCUUCAUUCAUUACCACAUUACCACAUUACCACACCCAUCUUCAACACUAAAUCCCUUCAUUCUCCACUCUCUCUCUCCAAAAUUCACUUACCUUUUCCCAUCCAAACACCCUAUGGAUUUGUGGGAUCACUCCCAUCCACACCUUCUCCAACAACCUCGUCGUUCUCGCCGCGAUAACCCUUCUUUCUCUUCCUCUCUUCUCGACGCCAUUUACCGUUCCAUUGACGAAUCCAACUCCCAACCUGAAGAACACCUCAUUUUCUAUUCUCAUAAAACCACUCUCACAACUAAACACAGCAUCCUCCCCCGAACUGUUACACAGGACCCUGAAUCUCUCAAUUUCCGUAUGAUCGACAGCUGGAUGGAUAAGAAGCAACUCCGAAACAUUCGUGAUUUUACUCUUUCCAGUUCCAGUUCCUCCGAGUCCAGCUCUACUGCCGGUAGGAGGUUUUCCUCGUCCGAAACAGAGUUUCUGUCACGUCCACUUCACCGGCCGACGAAGCUGAAGCCGAAGCCCAUCAAAACCAAUACAUGGGCUCAAACCGAGAUUAUUACUCCAAACCCAAAACAUGAAAAUGGGUUUGUUAAAUCCAAAUCUAAAGCGUCGAAAAUCUAUCACGAUUUGAAGAAAGUGAAACAGCCGAUUUCACCCGGUGCCCGACUUGCCAGCUUUCUUAAUUCUCUCUUCAAUGGUGGAAGUCCAAAAACCAAGCAAAAGAUAUCAAGCUCUACUUGUUCCAUCAACUCAACGAAAUUCGAUUACGACAUGUCGAGAAAAUCCAAAUCUCAACAGGGUUCCACAUCUACUUGUUCCUCCGCUUCUUCAUUUUCAAGGUCUUGUUUGAGCAAAACGCCAUCUUCAAGAGGGAAUAUUAAGAGAUCGGUUCGGUUUUGCCCAGUGAGUGUGAUUGUGGACGAGGAUUGUCGGCCAUGUGGGCAUAAAUUUUUGCACAAAUCAGAGGAACCCAUAAUGAAGAAAGGUAAUUUGAAAAAAAGUUACGGGAAUUUGAAAAGAGACCAGAAAGUGAAAACAGAGGAUAUGAUGAAGAUGAAUUACGAGGAUGAAGAAGAAGAUGAUGAUGAGGAUGAUGAUGAUGCUUUGAGUUGUUCAAGUUCUGAUCUGUUUGAAUUGGAUAAUCUUUCAGUCAUUGGAAUUGAAAGAUACAGAGAAGAAUUACCAGUUUAUGAAACUACCCAUUUCAAAACUAAUUGUGCCAUUGCUAAGGGAUUGGUUUUGUAAUUUUCCCAGCAAAAUUAGGUUAACAAAAUCUGGGGAAAAAGUUCUAUCAGCUUUUCUUUCUUUCUUUUUAAAUUUUAAGGAAUUUUGGGGGCUUACAUAAGAGAAUAAUUAGUUUCUCUUCUAUUUUUGGGUUUUUCUUCUUCUUUCCAUUAGAUGUUACUAUGAAAAUUUAAAAUUGUGGCACUUAUUAUUAGCUUGAAAGUGACUAUUUUAUUAGGUACAAAAUAUCUUAAUUAAUUAAUUAAUUUUCUUCUA